CGAUUGUCUUCAUCUAGAAAGGGCUGUCUAAGGGAGACUACCAUGUCAGGGACUCGUACCCAUGAGUUUUCUGAUGGGGCUAUAUAAGCAGUUCCGUGCAGAACGUUCCAAAUUCUCAAGGUCAAACACGCCCACCCAAUCAUCUAUGACCAGCUCAGAAACCUCACCAUUGCUCAAAAAUGGCGGCUAUCCAGAUCAUAGGAAUCCCUCUCUUACUCGUCGCGUUGCCAACUUCAUGAAAGGCGAGGAUGAGCCAUCAUGGAUAGAAUCUUUCAACUUCUUCAUUUUUGGCACAUGGUUCAAUAUCUUACUCGUAUUUAUACCUUUGAGCUUUAUCUCUCACAUCAUGGACUGGGACGCUGGCCUAAUAUUUUUGUUUAGCCUGAUAGCCAUCGUCCCCUUGGCUAAGUUGUUGGGCGAGGCUACAGAUCAACUGUCUGUCAAGUUAGGGGACAAUAUGUCAGGACUCCUCAAUGCAUCAUUUGGGAAUGCCGUAGAAAUUAUCGUCGGCAUUGCUGCUUUACUCAACGGUGGAUUAUAUCACAAAGAAGGAGUUUUCAAUAGUGCUGGAGCUCAGACGCGCCUUAUGACUCUGUCGUGCAUCAUGCUUGUUAUUCCUGCGGCCUAUGCCAGUACAACAAACGCCGGAACGCAGAAUCAUUGCAGCGAUGCCUCUGAAUGUCCCACUGCGGGUCUACUCUUUAUUUCCAGAGGGACUGCCAUACUGCUCCUGGGAGUUUACUGUGCCUACCUUUGGUUUCAGUUAAAAUCCCAUCCUCAACUCUUCAUUUCGCCUGCUUCACCUACGGAUGAGCCAAACAGUGAGGAAACAGUGCCUCUGGUUUCCUCCACCGAGGAAACUGCAGUGCGCUAUUCCAUUCCGAAGCCCUUCAUUGGUGUUAUCUUGCUGCCGAUCGCAGGCAAUGCUGCAGACCAUGUCACUGCAAUCUGGAUGGCAAUGAAGAAUAAAUACCAGAUUACCAUCACCAUUUGUGUUGGGAGUUCGAUUCAAAUUGCCUGCUUCGUAGUGCCACUUCUUGUGAUCGUCGGCUGGAUGUAUGAUCAUACAAUCGUCCUUUUUGUAUCUGUUUUCUUUGUCAACCUGUUAAUCAUGGAUGGAAAAUCGAAUUAUAUGGGAGGUCUCAUGUUUAUUACCCUCUACUUAGUCAUCGCCCUCGCAUUUUGGGUGACCUGAGUUCCUUUGAUAGUAGGGGCCAAAGAAGCCAGUAAUAAACUAAUUUCUGUGCCACCUAUUUAUUUAAGCGUCACUCAAACAUGUCCGUAGUAAAUUAUCCAAGGGAAACAUCAUACAUUAAUUCAUAAUAACUCGCAAAUGUGAACGUUCACUUCUCUAAGAUAAGGCUGUCUCCCUGAAGUUCUUGCGCGCCAUACA